GGUCGGAAAAGCAGUGUUCGCUUUUCCGCGCGUCUUUCUCCUCGCGUCCCGAGUGUGCUCCAUUCCCUCCCCGGCACUAACUGGUGGUUCGCUAAAAGGUCCGGGCACUCCUGUGACAGGCCCGCUUCGCGCGCACGGCAUCUGGGCGCGGUGGAGACGCGCAGCCCGCCCCGCCCCCCAGCUCACUGAGGCCGCUGGACCCCUCCUCUCAUUUCCCCUCCCCUCCCUCUUGGACCCCUGCCCGCCGCGCCAUCCGCCGGGACCCUACGUCACUGAGGCCGCGGGACCCCUCCCCUCAGCUCCCCUCCUUUCUCGACCGGACCCCGCCCCGCGCCAUCCCGCCCGGCCCUCUACGUCACUGAGGGCGCCGGACCCCUCUCCGCCGCUCCUCCCUUUCUUCCUCCCGUCCGCCCCCUCCUGUCCCGUCCCGCCCCCAGCGCCCCUCAGCCGCCGGACGCGCCAUUCGGCCGGCUGCAGCCGCAUCGCUGGCCCUCCGCCCGCCCAGCCCAGCUCGUACCAUGUCUUCCGAGGUGGCGCGGCACCUGCUCUUUCAGUCUCACAUGGCAACAAAAACAGCGCAUAUGUCCACACAAGUAUUUGACAAUGAAGAGAAACAAAAAAAAGAAAAUCCUCGUUCUUUAGCCAUGUCUGGCCAUGUUGGUUUUGAGAGUCUGCCUGAUCAGCUGGUCAACAGAUCAAUUCAGCAAGGCUUCUGCUUUAAUAUUCUCUGCGUGGGGGAGACUGGAAUUGGAAAAUCAACGCUGAUUGACACACUAUUUAAUACGAAUUUUGAAGACCAUGAAUCCUCACAUUUUUACCCACAUGUUAGACUUAAAGCACAGACUUAUGAACUCCAGGAAAGUAACGUUCGAUUGAAAUUGACCAUCGUGAAUACAGUGGGAUUUGGUGACCAAAUAAACAAAGAAGAGAGCUACCAACCAAUUGUUGACUACAUCGACGCUCAGUUUGAGGCCUAUCUCCAAGAAGAGCUGAAAAUCAAACGCUCCCUCUUUAACUACCACGACUCUCGCAUCCACGUGUGCCUCUACUUCAUCUCCCCGACGGGCCACUCUCUGAAGACACUGGAUCUCUUGACCAUGAAAAGCCUGGACAGCAAGGUGAACAUUAUACCAGUGAUUGCCAAAGCAGAUGCAAUUUCUAAAACUGAAUUACAGAAGUUUAAGAUCAAGCUCAUGAGUGAAUUGGUCAGCAAUGGUGUUCAGAUAUACCAGUUCCCAACAGAUGAUGAAACUAUUGCUAAAGUCAAUGCUUCAAUGAAUGGACACGUGCCGUUUGCUGUGGUAGGAAGUAUGGAUGAGGUGAAAGUUGGAAAUAAGAUGGUCAAAGCUCGCCAGUACCCUUGGGGCAUCGUACAAGUGGAAAAUGAAAACCACUGCGACUUUGUCAAGCUCCGGGAGAUGCUCAUUUGUACGAACAUGGAGGAUCUGCGAGAUGAGACGCACACGAGGCAUUACGAGCUGUACCGGCGCCGCAAACUGGAGGAGAUGGGCCUCACAGACACGGGCCCAGAGAACAAGCCGCUCAGUCUUCAGGAGACCUACGAAGCCAAAAGACACGAAUUUUAUGGUGAACGUCAGAGGAAGGAGGAAGAAAUGAAGCAGUUGUUUGUGCAGCGUGUGAAGGAGAAAGAAGCCGUAUUGAAAGAAGCUGAGAGAGAGCUCCAGGCCAAGUUUGAGCACCUUAAGAGAGUACACCAAGAGGAGAAGCUGAGGCUUGAGGAGAAGAGAAGACUUCUGGAAGAAGAAAUAACCGCCUUCUCUAAGAAGAAAGCUACCUCCGAGAUAUACCAAAGCCAGCCCUUUAUGACCCCGGGUGGUAACGUGCGGAAGGACAAGGACCGCAAGAACUCCAGUUUUAUGUAAAACAAAGGUUCCACAUCACAGAAGAUCAUCACAAGCAAAGUUAUUAAACUGUGAGAAGUAUGCUUUGAUUUUCUUGCUGUUUUUAUUUGCUGUAUCACUUAACGCUGUAUCACUUACUCUAUAUCUGGCAAAAGGCCACAGUUGAAGUAUGAGGUCAGUACAUAAGCCAGACUGGAUGACGUUACUCACGCACUGUUAGAAGUUUAAGUUGUUGGUUUGUGAUGAACCGAGAUCAUUUCUCCUGCUGCCCAGUGCUUGCUGUCACUUUGCUGUGACAAGAGUGUCGGUGCCUUUGAAAGUACAGGACUCGUUUAUAUUGCGGCUCUGAUUGCAUACAUAUUCCAAGAUGAACCUUUUGUGUAAACUUUUGGGAAUAUGUUUUAAAACGUAUUAUGUACCUGAAACUCUAAGCUCAAUAGUUCUAUAGAACUUUAAAAUUUUUCAUACAAUUAUCCAAUUGGUAACAUGAUCGUAAGCUUUUGCAUCAAAUUACAUAAUAUGUGCUUCAGUGUUGUGGUCCAUGGGUUGUUGUGAUGAAACAACAUGUUUAAAGCAGAAACACUCAGGUAAAUAAGCCCUCUUCUGGUGAUAAGUACCUUUGGAACUGGGUGUAAUAUGUUGAAAGCAGAAACACUCAGGUAAAUAAGCCCUUUUCUGGUGAUAAGUACCUUUGGAACUGGGUGUCUUCACACUGUUUGCAUGAGUCUGUAUUACAUACUUGUUGCAAACUGUCUUCCAGGGAAAAUAAAUCAUAAAGUUGAAUCAUCUUAUUAAAAAUAUUUCUUAAAAAAGUUACUAUGAACAUCUGAAUAUUAAAGAUAAAAAUUUAGAUAAUUCGUACUGUAAAGGAUAUUUGAAUUCAGUGCCUCAGUAUUUGCAGAACGAUUUAAUGGCUUCUAACUUUUUCUUAACAGUCAUAAGUUUUCAUUUUUUGUACUUGAAUAUUCUAAAUGAAACUGAUAUUUACACCUGACAAAUAAAAUGUAUCUACAUCUUCACUAAACUGCAUUUAAAUUACUGUAACUCUUCUUUUUGCAAACCAUGAUCUUAAACAUCUUACCAGAACUAUGAGAAUUUAAUUAUAUGUUUGAAUUAUUUUAAGACAGAGGUACAUUAGCAGUAUUUUUCAGAUAACAGAAUGUUUUACUUAGCCCAUGUCAGAUUCUGAGCAGUGUAUUUUUUUCAUGAAUUUGCAUUAAGUUGCAAAUAAAACC